AUGGAUUUAGGAGGAUUAUACGAAACUGAACUGCGGGAUCUUACUGAGGCAAUUGUUGCCUAUGACAAUGCCGGUGAAUGGUACUUCCAAGAUCAAGCGGAAGCCUUAUCCAACAAAGCAUUUCUAAAGGUAGCAGACCUAUCGGCAUUGAAUGGUGAUUAUGUUACUGCCAUUGAGAAGUUCGAAAGGGUGGCUAAACAAUCAUUAAACAACAGCCUGAACAAAUGGAGUCUGAAAGAGUAUUUCUUGAAGGCUGGUGUUUGUAGAGUGGCUGAGCAAGAUCUAGUAUCAGCAGACAGAGCUCUAGAACAAUACUUAGAAUGGGAGCCAUCAUUUGGUACUACGAGGGAAUACCAGUUGUUGUCGAAUAUUAUUGCUGCAGUUCAAGAAGGUGAUGAACAGCUUUUUACCGAUAAACUGAUGGAGUUCGAUCAAUUCUCCAAGCUUGACCGCUGGAUGGUCACCAUCACCCUGAGAAUCAAGGAGCACCUUCAGUCGGCUGAGGACGAUAUGUUGUAG